AUGGCAUCGCAAGAUCUGCGCUCCCUCGCAGAUCGUAUCAGCAACCUGGUCGAUGGCGCCAAUACGGUCGACGGUCUUCGUCAGCUUCGAUAUGCAACUCGAGAGCUCGAGCAACAAUGCAUGCCUUCAGCAGAGAUAGAGUACGACUUCCAUUAUCAACCCCACCGAAAUGCAUGCGUCCGCAUCGCGAUUGAGUUGGGAAUCUUUGAUCUUCUGGGCGAGGAGCCCACAAUGCCCGUGGAUCUGGCUUCGAAGGUGGAGCUGGCAAGACCUGAGUUCACUCUACGCAUCAUCCGCGUUCUGUGCGCCUCUGGUGUUCUAGGCGAGCGAGAACUUCCUGUAGGCAAAGUUGUCGUGUAUCACACUGCACYUUCGCGAUUGUGGCGCCUCCAACCCACCAAGCAGGCCUAUGCGAAGCAUCAAUGGGACAACACGGUGCAAACGCUAUCAUGUAUCAUACCAUUCCUACGUGAGCGUGGGUUCUGCAGCCCACAGGAUGCAUUCAAUUCACCUUUCGCUUACUUAUUGGGAGAGAAAGACGCCGACUUCUUUUCAUUGUUGCAACAGCACCCAGAAAGGCUUGCCUCGUUCAAUCAAGGCAUGACUGGAACAGCUACUUCGGUUACCUCCAUAUUCCCCUUUGACAGUCUACUCGAUGUGUCCGACACUCCCGUCAGUCUCGUUGAUGUCGGUGGUGGGAACGGCCACACUACUCAAGAUAUCAUCACCGCCUGUCCGGGAUUGAAGGGCAAAGUCGUUUUGCAAGACUUGUCUGGUAUGCUCGAGCAUACAGACAAGCUUCGAGUGGAGCGAAAAGUUGUCCAGAUUCAGUCAUACAACUUCCUCCGCGAAGUUCAGCCUGUGCGAGGCGCGGCCGCUUACCUCUACAAGUCAAUCUUCCAUGAUUGGCCCGAUGAUAGCUGUCGCCAGAUACUCAGAAAUCUCGCACCUUCAGUACGCGGAAGCGACUCGCGACUCCUAAUUUGCGAUCUUGUCAUUGAUCGUAUGGCCUCAAAGCAUCCUCACAAAGUGAUGCGGGACAUGAAUAUGAUGAUCAUGGCUGGCAGAGAAAGGACCGCUGACGAGUGGGACGUCCUGCUCCGAACUGAGGGCUUCGAGAUUGUGAAGAUUUGGGGUGUAGAGAAUUCUGGGAACAGCAUUGUCGAAGCUAGAUUGGUCUCUUAA